AUGGGAGCGGACGUGAGAAAAUGUUUGAUAUGUGGGCAUCAUUUAUUUCGUCGAUACAUCAUCUGUGUGCCCUGCCAAUUACCUAUUUGUCUCAACUGUUUCUCAAAAGGAUCUGAGAAGCCACCACAUUACAACCACCACCAGUAUGAAGUCCAGAAAUAUGACUUUCCAUUAUUUGAAUCAUCGUGGUCUGCCCAAAUGGAACUCGAUCUCUUGGAUGCAGUGAAUGUGUGUGGCUAUGAUAACUGGACAGAAAUCAUUGAAUAUAUGCAAAGGCUAAACCAUUAUCCAAAUUUAACAACCAGCUCUUGCAAACAGCACUACGACAAAUAUUACUUAAUUUAUCCACAAGUUUCAUUGCCUGUUUUAAUUAUUAUUUUUCAUGAAACGUCAGCAUGUAUGGAUCCACCGAGGCCUGCCAACGGUUCAUUUUUGCAGCAGGAAAUGGGAGGUUACUCAGCUGCCAGAGGUGAUUUCAUGGUAGAGUAUAAUGAUCAUGCAGAGUUUAAUCUGAGAGACAUGAUUUGUCAGGAGGACCAGGAUGAAGAAAUCUACAAUGAAACAGUUUCAGAAAAUGAAAAAGAAAAAUUAAAAGUCUUAGAUAAUGAGUUUGGAUUAAUAAACAUGAGUAAAGAAACAAUUCAUUGCAAGAGGUACGAAAGUUUGUUAGGUCACCACUUCAUCAAAACAUUGAGAGUUAUGACGACAUUCUUGAGGCCAAUGCAGUGGGAUCUCUGCAUGGAAUCUUUCUAUGUGGCCCAGAAGAUAAAAAAGCAGAUACAAGAUCUCUGUUAUUACAGAAGGAAUGGCAUCAAAUACAAGCAGUGUAUUCCACUUUUUCGAAAAAUGUAUGAAAAAAGAAAAGAAAUGAUGUCUAAAAUGACAAUGCUUUCCAAUGUUUUGCAAUAUCUAAACGUGGACAAAAAGUACAAACUGUGGAUCGACAACAAAACUGUGAUCCAUGGUCUCUCCGGCGACCUCAAACUACCCAAAAGAUCAUCGGCUCCACUUGACAUUAGUAACAUUCCUGGCUACACACUGCUCACAGAAGCGGAAAAAGAGUUGUGUUCAACCUGCCGCCUAAUGCCUAAAAGUUAUCUUGAGUUCAAGCAAAUAUUGAUAACGGAAAAUGCAAAACAUGGGAGCCUAAGAUUAGCACAAGCUAGAACGUUGAUAAAGAUUGACGUCAACAAAACGAGACAGAUUUUUGAUUUUUUGGUAAAUGAAAAACUGUUGCUUUGUAACGAUGAAAAUUCACGAAGAAAGAAAAAAGUGUCUACAAAUGACAAAAAAGAUGUUAUAUUGACUGCAGCUGAUAAUUAG